UCUUUCUCCUUCGUACAUCUAUCCGUUAACCCUAACUUCCCUUCUCUCUCUCUCUGUCUCUCUCUCUCUCCUCUGUAACUUCGUCGCCAUUGGAAGAGAAAUUGCAAAAAAGAAAAAAAAGAAAAGAAAAAAAACGGUUCUACAUCCUUACUUUUUGUACCCAUUUCUGCUCCAAUAAUGGGCAAGUUACUUUGUGAUUCCACCACGGCUGUAGCCGAGUCUUUUCCGACCACCUCUCCGGCCGUUAAUUGGAGGGACCAGAACUCUUCCUCUGUCAUAGAUGCUAAUGGAGCUUUAGAUCUUCUUGACCAGACAACCGCAACCGCAACCGCCGUUGUACCUACUGCUUGGGAUGAUGUUCUUGGUCUCGAGGACCAGCAGAGGCGGCAGCUUCAGAGACUUCAUGCUAAAGGCGUUCUCUGGAAGCAUCCCGAGGAGAAUACUAUUGAUUCAUCCUCCUCUAUGUCUUUGAGAUCUGUUGUGUUUCGUCUCUCGCAUGGUGGUGAGGUGUCUUCUGAUGGAAACUGUUUGUUUACGGCUUCUCAUAAGGCUAUGAACAUGGCGCGUGAGGUCGACGCUCGGGAACUUCGACGGCGGACGGUCAGGCGAUUCUUGGACGAUUUUGGAUCUGCCAGAUUGGAGGAGGUUGAGGUCAUUAAUGAGGCGAUUAGGCAUCUAUAUUCUCCCGAUCUGAAGAAUGGAUGGGGAAUCCAUGUGGUUCAGGAGGUUAAAUUCUUGGCCAAGAAAGAGGAUCGGCCGGCAUUGGACGGAGCUAUCGAUGAGCUUGUUCAACUCGGCAUGCAGAGAGAAACGGCAGCGGAGUCGAUUUACAAAGAAAGAUGUAUUCCGAUCAACGACGGUGCGAGUUGGGCGAAAUACAUGUCAAUUUCCGGUUCCCUUGGGGAUGAAUUCGAUAUUAUAACUCUGCAAUACACAGAGGACGGGUUGUUAUCUGUGGAUGAGAACAGAGAAGGCCACGCCGCAGCUUUUGGGGAUGACAUAGCGAUUGAAUGUCUUGCAACAGAGUUCAAGCGUGAGAUAUACGUUGUGCAAGCACAUGGAUCCGACGCAAUGGUUGAUGAAGAAAAUUGCGUUUUCUUUCUUCCACACCGACCCAGGAGCGAAAUUUGCGAAGUUCCUUUCUUUCUAUUCAUGAAAGGAACAGGUUGGUGUGGCGCCGGAGCAGACCAUUACGAGCCUCUCAUCGCCCACUGUUCUUCAAUUGUUUCACAGGAAAAAGUGGCAAUGGUACUUUGAGGUUUCAAUCCUGCAAUUUUGUGGCUUAGAUUUGGAGUAGAGAAUUAAUUUAGCACGGUCUUAAUUUAUUUUUUAGGCUUGCAAUCAAGAUGGGAAGAAAUCAAAAUCUGGGUUGCAUUGCUUUCCAUUUUUUUUUUUGGGGGGGGGGGGUAGAGAAAGAAAUUGUUGUUAGAAAUCAAAUCAGUACGUACUUGUUUUGUCUGACUAACAUUUUGCAGGUUUUGCGCCUGCAGUUGAGCAGCUAUUGUGAGUUUUUUUCGGCCUUUUUUUCUUCAAAUUUGUUGUUGUUGUUGUUGUUUAAGUGAUUUUAUUAAUGAGAAAGAGAGUGCCUGUAGUAUAGACACUGGUAGAAGAGUUGAUUAUUUGGGGUCCAAAAUCCAGGAAGUUUACUGCUUUUUUUUGCUGUUGGUAUUGUAUUCUUAGUAUUUUUAAUGCUAAAAAAAGCCAACUAUUUUUUAUUC